UUAUAGAACUGCUGAUUUAAAAUUUUCAAAGCCAAAAUAUGCAGUGUAACUAAAGACAGGUACCGGUUAGGUUGCACAAGGGGCUUCCGUCUUUAAUUGGGCGUCCUGUGGUGUCAGCGGACACUCGCGUCGAAACAAGAUGGCGGAGGGCGGCGAAGAAGAAGAUGUCACCGAAACUGAACAGGAAGAUCAAACGGUUUCUUCUGAUUCAAAGCGAAAACGAUUGUUCCACAAAGAAUUGAGAUGUAUGAUGUACGGCUUUGGCGAUGAUCAGUGCCCGUACACUGAGUCUGUAGAUCUUCUAGAAGACCUUGUGGUUGAAUACAUCACUGAGAUGACACUGAAGGCCAUGGACGUUGGGAAGAAGGGCAAGGUCCACUGUGAGGACAUAGUGUUCCUUAUCAGAAAAGACCCCAAGAAAUAUGCCAGAGUCAAGGACCUUCUUACCAUGAAUGAAGAACUCAAGAAAGCAAGAAAAGCAUUUGAUGCAGAAAGCUAUGGAGAGAUUAGUUAGAUGUUUAUAUGCAGACAUAGGAAUAGCAGGGCUUUAUGAAGCAUGAAAAGGAAGAAUUCAGAGGUUUACAAAGCUUUGGAGAGAUCUCUAAGACUACAUAUAUUCAAUGCAAAAAGGAGAUGAAAAAUACAGAACAAGGGCAAACGGACUUAAUUUUUUUUCUUUUCUGGGUUAAAUUAGGGUAUGAGGCCGCUAACCCAUGGUGCACAAACAAACUCUGAUGCGCUGUCAGAGGGAAUUUAGUUGUUUUUAUCAAAUGUUUGAACUUAUCCUAAGAUGCAUAAAUACAAUUGCUGUAUACAACAGGGAGAGCGACAAUUUACUGAUAGUGCUGGUACCGUCAACACUAACCUUAGAGUUGAUACUCUAUAACAUGGCAACCAAAUCCAGCAGGCAAGAGGCACACCAAAAUUGACCCAUGAUAUAACUUAUGUGAUAUAACUCGACUGCUAGACAUAUUCUUUAGAAUGUUUUUAUUUUUAUUUAUAUAAGUAUGUUCUAAAAAAAGAUUUUUUUAACCUGAAAGUUAUACUUUACCAUAUUUACAGUAUCAUACAGAAGAGAAUGUACAAUUCUAUUUCCCUGAAAAACAAUAAAAGAGAACCAAAACAAAA